AUGGCGCAGGCGCGUGCAGCCCAGUCGCUGCUCCGCGCCUUCGGCGCCCUGCAGCAUCGGGGGCGCCGGCCUGCGCUUGUAGGUGCGGCGCUGGCGGAGGCGCUCGGCGAGGCAGUGGCUCGGGCUCCUCGCGCGGCCGCUGCCCCGCCGCCUGGUGCCUGCCAAGGGGGUCCUCGUGUCGGCGCUGGUGGCGCUGGGGGACCUGGCGCGAGGGCCGCUGCGGCGGCCGGUCGCGCGCCCGCGGGCGGCUCGGCGGCGGCCCAGCACUCGGCGCCCAUGGUGGGGGAUCCGACGCCGCCGCGCGUCGCGGCUUCUCCAGCGUCUUCGUGGGGGACGGCAGCUGCGAAGGCCCGCGUGCGCGACGUGGCGCGGUCUCUGGCCCCCGUGCCUUCGGGAGUAUGCAUCCCCCGCGGCGCGGGACUGGAGCGGGCCGCGGGCUCUGUCAGAGGCGGUGAGCAGGUUCCCGCCGCUUCGUUGUCGAGACCUGCCGAGGGAGGUGUUCGCACGCGGCAUGCUUUCUUCGACCUCGCGCAGGUGCUCCAGCGGCAGGCCAGCGCGCCCUUGCGCCUCAGCGAGGCCUCAUCCGGGCACCUGCGGGCCAUGGGGACUGUCGAGGCCGCCCACGUGGUCGCGCAGCUGUUCGUGUUCCAUCUGCAGGGCUUUGCCGCAGACCUUUGGAUAAAGAAUGUCGCCACUUCCAAGGUGUGCUCUGAGGCCGUUGAGGUGCGUUGA